UUAAAAGUUACCGGGUUUCUGUUGAUAUUUGAAUGGGGGUAUACAAGUGUUAUAGAUGUAUAGUUUGAGUUUUGCUAUUUGUAUCUACCAAUAUCAUUAUUUUUAAAAAUAUGUCAGGGUAUAAACGGUCAUAUACCAUAGAAGAAGACAAUAAGAUACUGACAUAUAUUGUAUCGACUGGAUCGUUUUAUCACUUAAAAGGAAUAUUAUUUUGGAAACAACUUGAAGAUUCCCAAGCUUUUCAUGGAACUCGAACGUGGAUGAGUCUGAAAAAUCGCUUUAUAAAAUCGAUUUUACCCAGUAUUCACAAUGAUUUAUAUACUUUAUCAGAUUCUGAUAAAAAGAAAAUUGUUGAUGGAUACUUUAAUAGACCUAUUGUGGAGGAAUGCGAAAUUAAAGAAUCAGGCUCGUCAAAUCCACAACAGUUAGAUGAUACUGUGGGAACCACUGGUUCUGAUGAUGUGAUUGUUAUUAAUGGUUAGCGAUUCCCUAUUUAUAUUUUAGAAGGAAUUUUUACUUUCUUUACUUCUCAUAUAUAAAUAUAUAUUUCAUUUAUAAUGUUCAUUUUAAGUACAAAUAAUAUUUUAUUUAUUUAUUGAAUAAAUGCUUUUUAGUUAUUGUUUUGUGUAAUUGGGUGUUAUAAUUUAACCUGUCUUUGGUUUCAUUAGUUUUUCAUUUCUACAAAUUGAAUUAAUCCUUAAUAACGUAGUGUUUCAAUUUUGAUUCCAAUCUUUUAAACAGAAUGUUCACAUUACUAUUAGUUUUUUUUAUAGGUUGGCUGUACGUAUUUUACUGUUGUAUAUUCUUUCCAACGAAAUUAAAAAAAAAAUCAAACAUCA